AUGAUGCUAAUAGUAGAAAGGCCCUCCAGUAUUCUCCUGCUCUUGGGUUUUGUGUUAGUGCAGUCUUGCAUGCUUGAGUCAGCCCAAUAUUCACCCAACUUUACCGACCAAUCAUCUCUCCUUGCCUUCAAUUCUAAAAUUACUUCCGGUCCAAACGAAACUGUCUUGGCUAGUAACUGGUCCACAACUACAAACUUCUGCGAUUGGAUUGGGGUUUCAUGUAGCAGACGAAGGCAAAGAGUCAUUGCUUUGGACCUUUCAUACAUGGGUCUCCAAGGCACCAUUUCUCCUCAUAUUGGUAACCUCUCGUUUCUUGUUUAUCUCAAUCUACGAAACAAUAGCUUUUUUGGUUCUCUGCCUCAUGAGAUCAAUCGCCUACAUCGCUUGAGAAUACUCCAGCUGUCAUCCAACCUAUUGGAAGGUAGCAUCCCUCCAACUUUGCAUAAUUGUGAGAAUCUUCAAGAAAUACAUCUAAUGAGUAACCAUCUUACAGGCGCAAUUCCAUCAACCCUCGCCAACAUGUCUAUGUUAGAGGUCUUGAAUUUCCAAAACAACAGCCUCAAUGGUCCAUUUCCUCUUGUCAUCUUUAACAUAUCCUCUCUUACCAUAAUUGCUCUUUCAGAAAAUCACAUCUCAGGUACUCUUCCAAUGGAUCUCUGCACCCAUUGUCCUAAACUUCUUGGGCUUCAUCUUUCAUACAACGAAUUCAGUGGCCGGCUCCCUUCACAAAUGAACAACUGUAGAGAGAUUGUAGAAUUAUCUCUGUCAUACAAUAAAUUUGAUGGGAAUAUUCCAAAAGGUAUUGGAAGUUUAGAGAAGCUUGAAUUGCUAGAUCUUAGAAUUAAUUACUUAACCGGUAAUAUACCUCCUACCUUAAGUAACUUGUCGAGGCUACAAGUGUUCGACAUUACAGUUAACAAUAUUGAAGGAAGCAUUCCCAGUGAUUUAUGGCGUCUUCCGAAUUUGUCGAUAUUGAAUUUUGGAUUCAAUUAUCUCGUAGGGGAAAUCCCCAAAAACCUUUUCAACAUUUCCUCUCUACAAGAAAUAUGCUUACUAAGUAAUUUCCUAUCUGGCAAUCUUCCAACAAAUAUUGGGCUUUCUUGCCCAAAUCUUGAAACUUUGAUGUUUGGUCGAAACAAAUUUAGUGGUCUUAUCCCAUCGUUGCUUUCAAAUUGUUCCAAGCUUGUUGUAGUAGAUUUUAGUAACAACUUUCUCUCUGGACCAAUACCCACAAGUCUUGGAAACUUAAAACAUCUCCAAAAGCUUCGUCUUGAUAUCAAUCAGUUAAUAGGGAAGCCAGAAGAUCAAGAAUUUAGCUUCCUUUCAUCCUUAUCUAAUUGUAGAUUUUUGGAAGAACUGUCCAUAUCCUACAAUCCCUUGGAUAUUACUCUUCCGAAUUCCAUUGGAAAUUACUCUGAUUCCCUCCACUCCAUUUAUGCAUUCCAAAGCCAAAUAAAGGGUCACAUUCCUAUGGGAAUCGGUUCCUUGAAAGGCUUGACCUCGCUUGUUUUGGGCCAUAACAAUUUGACCGGAAACAUACCGUCAACAAUUGGAGGGUUGGAGGCGUUACAAAGACUAUGUCUUUUGGAUAAUAACAUUGAAGGAUUUAUUCCAGAAGAUAUAUGUCAGUUAAAGAACUUAGGCGAGUUAGAUCUCUCAAACAACAAAAUUUCUGGAUCCAUCCCAAAUUGCAUUUCAAACCUCAAUCAUCUGCAAAGGCUAUACCUAAAUUCUAAUAGGCUAGAAUCACCAAUACCAUUUAAUAUAUGGAGCCUUGAAAAUCUGUUGUUUUUGAACCUAUCAUCCAAUUUCCUUGGUGGAUAUUUGUCUCCAAACAUGAAAAAAUUGGAUGUUAUUGAAUAUGUGGAUUUAUCUCAUAACGAAAUUACUGGAGAUAUUCCAAGCAUCAUUGGAGCUUUUGAAAGCCUAACUUAUCUUGAUUUGUCAAGAAACUCGUUUCAAGGAGACAUUCCACAAUCUUUUGGAGACUUGAAAGGAUUGGAUAUCUUAGACCUCUCAUAUAAUAAUCUCUCUAGUACAAUUCCUAAGUCUCUUGAGGCACUUUCACAUCUCAAGUAUUUGAACGUGUCUUUCAACAAGCUAUCUGGAGAGAUUCCAUCUACUGGGCCUUUUGCAAACUUCACAGCUAAAUCAUUUUCAGGAAACAGAGCACUUUGUGGGAAUUCAAUUUUUUAG